CAUUCUACCGUGCAUGCGCAGCUCAGGGAGCGAGCAGCGCGGCGUCAUGUGAUCAGCAGUGUCCAAUCACAGCUGCUCACAUGGGACAUGUACACUGAUCAUCAGAGCACUGAUGAUCAGUGUGCCCUGAUGAUCAAUGUAGUCCCAGCAGUGCCACCUGUCAGUGCUCAUCAGUGGCUUGUGCCAGUGCCCAUCAGUGCCACAUCUAUGCCACAUAUCAGUGCCUACCAGUGCACAUCAAUGCCACAUAUCAGUGCCCAUCUGAGCUGCCUUUCAGUGUCACCCAUCAGUGCCAGUCAGUGCCACCUUAUCAAUGCCAAUCAGUGCUGCCUAUCAUGCGCAUCAGUGCUGCCUAUCAGUUGCUAGUCAGUG